CAGUGUUUGGACAGGUUGGCCUUGGGAGCCUCACCCUUUCACAGGUGGGGGGUAUAAAUUCUGAUGCUCUGCUUCAUUGGCACCUCUUGUGCACGAUGGGCACAAAGAAGAUCCUGCUUUUCCUCGUAAGCACAGCAAUUCUGUGUGCCAUCUCAGAUGCCUCUCUGAGCUUGGUGAAUGGCUGGAACCGCUGUGAGGGGCGCGUUGAGGUCUACUACAAUGGGAGUUGGGGCACAGUCUGUGACAACUCCUGGGACAUCAGUGAUGCCACAGUUGUGUGCAGGCAGCUGGACUGUGGCUUUGCAGUUUCAGCGCCAGGAAAUGCCUAUUUUGGACAAGGCACAGGCACAAUUUACCUGGACAAUGUGCAGUGCACGGGGAAUGAGUCGUCCCUCUUUGAGUGCAGGAGCCGUGGCUGGGGCGUGCACAACUGUAACCACUCUGAGGAUGCCAGCGUGAUCUGCUCAGGUGCUAAUACCUCAACCCUUGUUUCUACUUCACCACCAUCCGGCACACCUGCUCAAAAAUAUUUCUGUGGUAGCUUCCUUUCCAAUUCAUCUGGAACAAUUCAGAGUCCCUUUUAUCCUUCAAAUUAUCCAGAUAAUGCAGAUUGCUUGUGGGAAAUACAAGUCGUGAACAAUUAUCGCAUUAUGCUCACGUUUGGAAGUAUUCAGCUGCAAGGUGGAUGCCAGUAUGACUAUAUUGAGAUCUAUGAUGGUCCACCAAGUACUUCUCCUCUGCUUGGAAGAAUUUGUUCUGGUUACAACAUCAUGUACACAUCCUCUUCAAAUAUGCUGACUGUCAGAUUUCACAGUGACUCUAGAUAUUCAAAUAGAGGGUUUUAUGCUGAUUAUCAUUCCUUUCCAGCAGAUCAGAACACCACCCUGUUUUGCUUCCCAACCCACAUGCGUGCAGUUGUAGAGAGAAGCUACCUCCAGUCACAGGGUUACUCUGUGUGGAAUGCUAGCUUGUCUGACUCUUCUUGUAGACCAAGAAUUACAUCAACCCAGGUUAUAUUCAACAUUCCAUACAACAGCUGUGGUACCCGUAGACAGAGCAGCAACGAGACUUUCACCUAUUCCAAUAUGAUAAGAGUAUUUGCUUCUGAUUCCACCAUCAAGAGGAAAAAGGACCUUUACUUGCAUGUGAACUGCAAAAUGCUCCAGAAAACCUGGGUACAAGUAAUGUACAUUGCUAAUGACCGUGGUGUUGCUAACAUUGAUGAAACCCAAUAUGGCAGAUAUGAAGUGGACGUUGCAUUCUACAAUUCCUCCUCUUUCCUUUUGCCAGUGUAUAAGUUUCCUUACUAUGUUGAGCUGAAUCAGAAUUUGUUCCUUCAAGCUUCUCUUCGCAGCAAUGACUCAAAUCUGGUGCUGUUUGUGGAUACGUGUGUGGCAUCACCUGAUCCUAACAAUUUUAGAACACUGACCUACGACUUGAUCAGAAGUGGGUGUGUUAAAGACCCUACCUACUCUUCUUACUAUUCACCAUACCCAAGCGUCAGUCGGUUUGCUUUUAAUGCAUUCUCCUUUGUCAACCGCUUCCCAUCAGUCUACCUGCAGUGUGAGAUGGUGGUGUGCAGCUCUGGUGACUAUUCUUCCCGCUGCUAUCAAGGCUGUGUGAACAGGUUCAGGAGGAAUGCAGGAUCUUCCCAGGGAAAAGUGAGCGUUGUCAUCGGACCUGUUCAGCUUCAGGAGGCUCCCAGUGAGAACAGGAAUGCUGAGCUGCCCUCCAACACCCAGGUGAGAGAAGAGCUCGAGAGCCCUGUGAAUGCUGCCAGCUCCCACGUUCCUCUGGCUGUGGCCGCCGCUGUGCUGGCAGCUGCCAUCCUCACAGUGGGAGGAAUUCUUCUGAAGCGCAAAAUGCAAGAACCCAUCCCCUACCAGAUAAUUUUCAUGGUGAACAGACUAACUCAUCCAACUGUGUUUGUGCUCAACUCCCUCUCUCCCAUAGGAACCAGUCUCCACCUGGUCAAUGGGCGGCACAGAUGUGAGGGCCGCGUAGAGCUGUAUCAUGAAGGCCGGCUGGGAACGGUCUGUGAUGAUCUCUGGGACCUCGCUGAUGCCCAGGUUGUGUGCAGGCAGCUGGGAUGUGGCCAGGCCAUUGCAGCUCCGGGCAGUGCUUACUUUGGCCAAGGCUCAGGCAGCAUCCUGCUGGAUGACGUGCGGUGCCAGGGAAAUGAGCUGGCCUUGCAGCACUGCAGUCACAUUGGAUGGGGGAGACACAACUGCCGCCACUAUGAGGAUGCUGGUGUUGUCUGUUCGGGAACCGGUCUCCACCUGGUCAAUGGACAGCACAGAUGUGAGGGCCGCGUAGAGCUGUAUUAUGAAGGCCAGCUGGGAACGGUUUGUGAUGAUCUCUGGGACCUCGCUGAUGCCCAGGUUGUGUGCAGGCAGCUGGGAUGUGGCCAGGCCAUUGCAGCUCCGGGCAGUGCUUACUUUGGCCAAGGCUCAGGCAGCAUCCUGCUGGAUGACGUGCGGUGCCAGGGAAAUGAGCUGGCCUUGCAGCACUGCAGUCACAUUGGAUGGGGGAGACACAACUGCCGCCACCAUGAGGAUGCUGGUGUUGUCUGUGCAGGAACCGGUCUCCACCUGGUCAAUGGACAGCACAGAUGUGAGGGCCGCGUAGAGCUGUAUUAUGAAGGCCAGCUGGGAACGGUUUGUGAUGAUCUCUGGGACCUCGCUGAUGCCCAGGUUGUGUGCAGGCAGCUGGGAUGUGGCCAGGCCAUUGCAGCUCCGGGCAGUGCUUACUUUGGCCAAGGCUCAGGCAGCAUCCUGCUGGACAACGUGCGGUGCCAGGGAAAUGAGCUGGCCUUGCAGCACUGCAGUCACAUUGGAUGGGGGAGACACAACUGCCGCCACCAUGAGGAUGCUAGUGUUGUCUGUUCAGCAGUGACCGCCACCACAGAGACAAGUUCCCCUGUUCCAGAAAUAUUGCUGAGAGAAACAAGCUUUCCGGAGGAAUACAGCACUGCAGGCGCCCGUGUGCGGCUGGCCAGCGGCCGACAUGCCUGCGAGGGCCGCGUGGAGGUGCAGGACGGGCAGCGCUGGGGCACAGUGUGUGACGAUUUUUGGAGCGUGAGGGAUGCGCAGGUGGUGUGCCGUCAGCUGGGCUGUGGGCCUGCCAUCGCCGCCCCGGGCAGCGCUCACUUUGGUGCUGGCACAGGCCGCAUCCUGCUGGACAACGUGCAGUGUCGUGGGGACGAGACCUCCCUGCUGCACUGCCGGCAUGGUGGCUGGGCUGUGCACAACUGUGCGCACAUGGAGGAUGCCAGUGUCAUCUGUGCAGCUGCUGUGAGCACCCCAGCACCAGAUGCAGCACCUUACUUUUGUGGUGGCUUAAUUUCAAAUUCCUCUGGGAUGCUGCAGAGCCCAAACCACCCUGGAAAUUAUCCAAACAACGCUGACUGUGUGUGGGAAAUACAAGUACAGAAUAAUUUCCGUGUUAUGCUCACAUUUAGAGAUAUUGAGAUGCAGAGCAGCAGGUGCCAGUAUGACUACAUUGAAGUCUAUGAUGGGCCCCCACACUCUUCUCCACUUCUUGGGAGAAUUUGUGCCGGUUCCUUUCGCACGUACACGUCAUCUUCAAACCUGAUGAGCGUUCGCUUUCACAGCGAUUCAAGAUACACAUCUAGAGGGUUUCAAGCCCACUACUCCUCCAUUCCAGCAGAUCACAACAUCGCCCUUACGUGCUUGCCAGACUACAUGCACGCAGUGGUUAGCAGGGACUAUCUCCAGUCCCAGGGCUACAAUGCAGAGGGGGUCACCCUGAAUGACACUGGCUGUGAACCAAUGCUCACAUCACGUGAGGUUGUGUUCAACAUUCCCUACGACAGCUGUGGGACGACGAGAGAGGAAAGCAAUGAUACAAUCAACUAUUCCAACGUGAUCAAAGUUAUCUCUUCUGGGCACAUAAUAAAGAGGAAAAAGGAUCUUCUGUUACACAUCAGUUGCAAAAUGCUACAAAACACAUGGAUGCAAGUGAUGUAUGUUGCUGACGAUACUGUGGAUGUGAAUGAAAAUCAGUUUGGAAGAUAUGCUGUAAACAUUACGUUUUAUGAUUCCUCAUCAUUCUUGCGGCCAGUGCGUGACUCUCCAUACUACAUUGAUCUGAACCAAAAUUUGUACCUUCAAGCUUACCUUCACAGCUCUGACCCAAAUCUGAUGAUGUUUGUGGACACAUGUGUGGCAUCACCCGAUUCUCAUGAUUUUAACACUCUGGCCUACGAUAUAAUCAAGGAUGGAUGCAUCAGAGAUUCUUCCUAUGCCUCGUACUACUCCCCCUACAGCCACUUUGCUCGCUUCAAGUUCAAUGCCUUUGAGUUCAUCCACCGCCACGCGUCGGUCUACCUGCGGUGCGAGCUGGCGGUGUGCCGGCUGGGCGACUACUCCUCCCGCUGCUACCAGGGCUGCCUGAGACGCUCCAAGAGAGAGGCAAGUCCUGCCCACGAGAAAGUAGACGUCAUUGUCGGACCGCUAAAGCUUCGAGAAGGAGAUGCUCAGAGCAGGAAUACUGGACUGGAUGUUUCCGUGCCUCCUCCCAACACGGUUCCCACUGCGGGUAAUGUGCUCGGGCCUCUCACUGCUGCUGUUGCUGUCCUGGCCAUCGUUGUCUUCGUUCUUGCCGGCUUUCUUCUGAGGCCUGCAAUGAAGAAACCACUUUUACAGAGGAUAAUGUGAAACAAAGGCCAAUUACGAGACAAUCUCAUACUGUGAGCCACCAAAAUGCUUCACUGACAGCAAUCACAUACGUGCCAUUUGUAAGAAGCCAAGAUGGAGUGAAUUCUAGCCUGUUGCAAGCUCCAAAAUAACUUUGUAGUCUUAAUUCCUCUUAAAUGAUUUAAGAAUAAUUUCAACAAUCAUUGCACGAUUUGCUUGGUGCAGUCAUUUUACCGUUUUUCUCCUCUUUAAUUAUCUCCUCACAUUCUCCCGAGAAAGUUCAUCAGAUACCUUAAAAUAAUGCCAGCUGGAGAAAAAACAUGAAUGAGGCAAUAACAAAUAUUUCAAGGUUUAUUGAAAGAAAGGAAGACUUAGUUCUGGGAGAAGAAAUAUGCCAUUUGGUGUUGUAGCUGUACCCUGUUCUAAUUGUUGGAAGCAUUGUUUUUAACGCUGAAAAUUUCACUGAAACAAUAAUCGAUCUGUGCUUAUUUAUAAAAUGCAGAGAUUUUUAAGC